AUGAUAGACAUUGGUGAAAAUAAAAUUCAUGGUAACAUUCCUCCACAACUAGGACAUCUCUCUAGUCUUGAAGGACUAUAUCUUGGAUCGAACGCGCUAUCAGGUGAAGUUCCUGUUAUAAUUUUCAACAUUUCUUCACUAAAAGUAAUAGCACUUGCAGCGAAUACUCUGUCCGGUAAACUUCCUUCAAACUUAGGCUAUAGUCUUCCAAAUCUUGAGGGACUUUAUCUUGGGAUUAAUAAUUUUAGUGGUAAACUUCCUAGCUCUAUUUCAAAUGCCACUAAGCUCAAAUUUCUUGAUCUUGGAAGGAACAUGUUUAGCGGAAACGUACCAAUUGAUCUAGGAAUAAAUCUCCAGCAGUUUCAAAGCAUCAACUUUCAGAGGAAUAUGCUUACAAAUGAUCCUUCUUCUACGGGCGAAAUAAAUUUUCUAAGUUCCUUCUCACAUUGCAAGUACUUGAAAUUUUUAAUGAUUGGAGACAACCAAUUUAAUGGCAUUCUUCCGAAAUCAUCCUUAACUAAUAUGUCUUUGUCUCUUGAGAGGUUCAUCGCCUUUUACUGUGGAAUAAGGGGGGAAAUCCCAGUUGAAAUUGGUAACUGGACUAACUUGUCGUGGUUAACACUGGGAGCGAAUGAGUUUAUUGGUUCGAUUCCUCAAGAAUUAGGAAACUUGAAAAAGUUGCAAACUUUGAGAUUGUAUGAGAAUAAAUUAGAUGGGAUCAUACCUGAAAGGUUAUGCGAAAUCAAAGAAUUAUACUAUUUUGACUUGCGAAGAAAUCAGAUUACAGGGCAAGUAUUAGGGUGUUUGGGAAAUAUUUCUUCGUUAAGAUAUAUUUAUUUUGAUUCGAAUAAUUUAAGUUCAAGUAUUCCUUUAAAUUUUUGGAGUAAUAAGGAUAUCUCAGUUGUAAGUUUGUCAUUUAAUCAGUUAAAUGGUCCUUUGGCGCCGGAGAUUGCAAACAUGGGAGGUUUAAGUGAGUUAUAUCUAUCAAGAAAUGAGUUGUAUGGUUCGAUUCCAAGCACCAUAUUACAGCUUCAGAAAUUGGUAAUUCUUGCAUUAGAUAUGAAUAGGUUAGACAGUACUAUACCUAAGUCAUUCGAAAAAAUGGUCAGCUUGGAGUACUUGGAUCUGUCACAAAACAAUUUGACGGAUCAAAUUCCAGAGUCGUUAACAAAGCUUGAGCAUCUCAACUAUCUGAAUGUCUCUUACAAUGAGUUAUCAGGUGAAAUACCAGAUGGAGGGCCUUUUGGUAAUUUCACAGCUGAAUCGUUUAUCGGCAACGCAGAGUUAUGUGGACCGCCUAGAUUCCAAGUCAAGGUGUGUGAAGUCCAGAACAAUGUGACAAGAAGAAACAGGAAGAAAACAGUACUAAAAUUUGUUCUUGGACCAAUUGCAGCUGGAGGUUUAGUCAUGGGGGUUUUAGGCAUGAUAUGGUUGUUAAAUUAUCGGAAACGAAACAACCAACUUAUUCCUUUAACUGAUUGGUAUGAUCAGUUAUCACACAAGAGGUUUUCUUACUAUGAACUUGUUCGAGGGACUAACAACUUUGACGAAUCGAAUUUGAUUGGAAAGGGAAGCCUUGGUAUGGUUUAUAAGGGGACAUUUACAAAUGGGACUACAGCUGCUGUAAAGGUUUUCAAUGCACAAGUGCAAGAUGCAUUCAAGAGGUUUGAUUUGGAGUGUAAGGUUUUGCGUAACAUUCAACAUAGGAAUCUUGUUAAGAGGCUGAAAAUUAUGUUUGAUGUGGCUUGUGCCGUAGAGUAUCUACACCAAGGCCAUUCACUCGUUGUGGUCCAUUGCGACUUGAAACCAAGUAACAUACUUUUGGAUGGCAAUAUGGUUGCCAGAGUAAGUGAUUUUGGUAUAUCCAAACUCUUGACGGCGUAUGAUCCAGUGGCAUUGACAAAAACCUUAGGCACCAUUGGCUACAUGGCACCAGAGUACGGGUCAGAAGGGAUAGUAUCAACUAUGGGAGAUGUUUACAGCUACGGCAUUUUAUUGAUGGAAACCUUCACAAGAAAGAAGCCAGUAGAUGAUGAAUUUGUUGGAGACCUUACAUUGAAGAGAUGGGUCGCGGAAUCAUAUCCUCAUAGAGUCAUGGACAUUGUGGAUGCUAAUUUAUUUUCAACAGAUGAUAGUGAACAACAUUUGAUAGCUAUUGAAAGUUGUUUGAGAUCGGUAUUGGAUGUAGCUCUUGAAUGUACUGCUGACUUUCCCCAAGAACGAAUCACCAUGAAUAAUGUCCGCGUAAGACUCAACAAGAUCCAAACUCAAUUUUUGGCCCAGUAG